GCAGAAUUAGGUUAUGUUAUGCUGUUGUGAUAUUUAAUUUUGCGAUAUAUCGAAUCGCGUUGGAAUUUUGAGGUUAGAAAAAUGGUAGUGUCAGAGGAUGUCAACAUGAGCACGUGUAGUGACAAUGAAUCCGAAAUGGAAACAGGAUCUGAAGUUGAUGAUAACGCUGGUGAGGCAUCAGAAAAUGAAGGAGAGCAAACGUUGUCAAAUCACAAGAAGUCUUUAAAGAAACUAGAACAAACGGACCCAGAGUUUUAUAAAUUUUUGGAAGAACAUGACAAAAACUUGCUUGUGUUUUCUGAUGAGGAUGAAAAGGAUGAUGAUGAAGAAGAUGUAGAUGAUGAGGAUGCUGAUGCCAAAAAUGACAAGACUCAAGAUGUUGACAGUGAAGAGAGUGAUUUUGAAGAUGACGCACCAAAAAAGAAGAUAAAAGAUGGCAAAGGCCGUACAAUUGUCACCCAGAGUCUUAUUGAACACUGGCAGCAAAAGCUUCGAUCCAACGAUAAAUGUUACCGGACAUUAGUAAGAGUCAUGAAUGCAUUCCAAGCAGCGCUACAAAGAGUCAAACCAGAGGACAGCAGAAGCAAUAUGAGAUACCGCGUUGAUGGGGGUGCUGUAUUCAAUGGGGUCAUUCAGUUGUGUGUAGUCGACCUUCAACCUGCACUUGUUCGUUUCAUGGGUAUCAAAGGCAGAUUAACUCAAAACAUGCUUGAGCACAACAAAAAGUUUUUGAAAAUCAGGAAUCCCAUUAAAAAGUAUGCUUUAGGAUUAAUUGAGUUAAUUGGAGCAGUAUCUUCCGAAAACAUAGUUUGUGUUUUGCUGAAGCACCUUCACCAGUUACUGGUCUUUGUUGUCUCUGUGCAUUUAAAAACAAUGAUCUUCAAGAAGUUACUGCGCAGACUGGUCAGCUUGUGGUCCACAAGCUCUGAAACAAUCAGGGUCAUAGCAUUUGUUUGUCUCCUUCGCCUAGCACAAUUGAUGCACCCUCUUCUUGAGGGAAUGCUUAAGAGGAUGUACAUCAGUUAUGUUGCCAAUUGCAAAUUUAUGUCACCAACCACAAUGGGCUCAAUUCAGUUUAUGAGGAAGUCUCUGGCAGAAUUGUUUGGUUUAGACGAAACUAUUGCAUAUCACCAUGGUUUUCUGUACAUUCGACAACUUGCCAUUCAUCUCAGAAAUGCAGUCACAGUCAAUUCCAAGGAAAGCAUUCAAGCAGUUUAUAAUUGGCAGUACGUAUCUUCACUCAAUCUAUGGGUAGAUCUUCUGGUUUCAGCUCAGGAUAAAGAAAAGUUACAUUCUCUUCAGUACCCAUUGAUCCAGAUCAUUAUUGGAUGCAUCAAGUUAGUGCCUGCUGCUAAAUACUAUCCUUUGAGAUUCAAGUUGAUUCGCAUGUUGACAAAACUGUCCACUGAAACUGGGGUGUUCAUUCCUGUACUUCCUCUCAUCCUUGAGGUUCUGAACAAUUACGAUUUCAACAAGAGGAAUAAAGUUGUUUCAAUGAAACCAAUGACACUAACAUGUGUUCUCACAGUCUCAAAGCAGCAGCUAGCAGAGAAUGCUUUUAAAGAUGCAAUCAUGGAUUUGAUUUAUAGUUGCACAUUGGAAUACCUCAGUGGCGAAUCUUAUCGCCAGAGCUUUCCAGAUUUAGUUGUGUUUGCCAAUUUACAGAUAAAAAAAUUCACCAAAUCUUGCACUAAUUCACACUAUGUAAGGAAAUUGAAGCAACUGCUAGAGAAAAUCAACGAGAAUAGUAAGUUCAUAGACACUGAAAGGCGAAAAGCAGCUAUACCUCUCAAUGAAGAGAAGAAAAUCAGAGCCUGGGAACUAAACAUGCGGCAACGAGGAACACCUUUGGGCAAAUUCUUUGCCUCGUAUUCUGCCAAGAGUAGGAGAGAUGCUCUAAUCAAGGAUGGCCAGAAGUCAAUGACAAUCAAAGUGUAAUUUUUAUCUCAUGAUCUACUGAUGUAAGGAACAUUGAAUUAUCAUUGCUCACUUUCAGAAGGGGCGAGUGAGAGCAUCAUUUUCAUCCAAGUUCAGCUUAAAUUUCCUUUUUAUUAGAAUAAACGCCAUGCACCUUACUGUAUUGAACGAUGCAGGAUGUUUGCCUAAAGGGCAAAAAACUUCAUACGCCUGGCUGAGUAUUUUUGACCAGUCGUUAAUUGGUCACAUGGUCAAUUUUAUGAAUUGUGUAGGAAUAUUUUCUGUUUAAUAAACAGAAGUGUGAUCACUUCCGUGAUUACCCCGUUACUUUGUGCAGACUUCUCUCAGAAUUUUCUGACAGUCAUGACAUUAUUUUGAAUGUCUUUUACAUAAAUGAACUGCACAUAGAUUAUUUAUUUCUAGUGUAAAGUUUCUGCAGAGCCUCUCUGUUGAAAAAACAAAAUAAAGAAUUGAGAGAAGAAUAAUUGUAAAAAUGUGUAAUUUGCCUAAUUAAAACUAUAUAGUAUGUCAACAGA